AUGUUGCCCCAGUUGUUAAAGGAAUCUGGAUAUAUUGGCGACGGUCUACUUUUGAAAACUAAGUGGCCAGUUAUUCGCGUCAUGGAUGCACCCCAACAAGUAGGCGGGGGCGAUUGUGGGAUGUACAUCCUCAAAUAUUACGAGUUUCUGACAUCGUAUGUAGACCUGGCCAAGAUUUCCCAUGAGGCCAUGCCCUUCUAUCGGUUGAAGCUCGCUGUACAGUUGUUGCAGGGAUAUUGGUAG